CUUGGUUUCCAGUCAGCGAGGGCUGUCGUCGCUCGGGCAACAGCGUCCCUGAGACGCCGGCUGGCCUCGGCCUCCGCCGGCCUGCGGCCUGGGUUUCCGCGUGCAGGCCUCCGGGGCGUAUCCCAGACACAGAGAUACCUGGAGCAGCAACCAUGCCAGGAGCCUCACGGCUGAGUGGCGCCUGCACAUAGAACCGGCUCCUGGAGGAUGUUGAGUAGCCAGGUGCCUGCUGGGAGGCUGCUGGCUGUUGGCAAGGCACCUGCCUUAGAGAGCGUCCACAGAAUUCCAGAAUUCAGAAAUUUAUAUGUAUUUAAUCUCGAAGGAAAUGAAGCGAAAUUGCACCAAGACAAACGGCGCCACGGUCAACAGCACCAAAUCAUGCAGUACCAAAGCCAGGGAUUUAAUGUGCAAAAUGUCUGUGAUACCAGACUGGCACCCAGUGCACUUUCACAAGCAGAAGUUGAGGAGUCUCCGGCCCUAUUCCUCACCAUGUGGUGUGUUCUCGAAGAGUGGUCUGCCAGCUGCCUUCAGGCCCUGCUCUUCAGGUACGGGGGUCGCAAACCCAGUACUCUCCACCCUAGACAUCAGACGGAUUUUAUUUCAAAAAAUCACAGAUAAGGGUGAUGAGCUGAAGAAAGCCUUCCAGCUGCUGGAUCCCAGCCAGAGCCUGACGGUGUCGCGAAACGAGCUGAGGCGGCUCAUCACCGACUUCUUGAUGCCCCUCACCAGGGAGCAGUUCCAGGAUGUGCUGGCGCAGAUCCCUCUCACGAGCUCCGGGGCCGUGCCCUACCUCGACUUCCUGGCCAAGUUCGGCGGAAAUGACCUCAAUAUCAACGUUAUAAAGAGGUGA